CUGGACGAAGAACAGAUGGAAGAGCCCAUGUUCCAACUCACUUCAGAGCAACUCUGCGUACCCUAAGGGUCAAAAUUUUACAACCCUUCGUCGAAGAAGACAUGUCUGCGUAACCUUCGUCUUGAGUACCCUCCUGCUUCAGCUUGCAAGAGUUAGGUGGAUUCCCCACUGAGGUUGGAACGGAGUAGAGCAUGGAACAACAAGUGCAAGAGCUGGGGGAGCACCUGCAGGCGAAAUUGAAAAACCUUCCGGCAGGGCGGCGCUACCUUGUCUCCAUCUGCGGCGUACCCGGUUCAGGCAAGUCGUCGCUGGCCAAGCACGUCGUCGCAUACGUCAACCGUGUCGAUCGCUCAUCGUCAGGAGUAGCUUUGUCUCCCCAAACCGAGGCGCGGCCCCCAGGUAAUGAACUCGCCCCGGCGAUCGUCGUGGGCAUGGACGGCUGGCACUUGACGCGCGAGCAGCUGGAUCAGAUGCCAGACCCAAAGACAGCACAUGCUCGCAGAGGUGCCGCGUUCACUUUUGACGGAGAGGCAUUCUCCGCAUUCGUCCUUUCCCUCCGCGAGCAGCCCCUGUCAGCGCGCGUGACCGCGCCGAGCUUUUCGCACGCGGCCAAGGACCCGGUCGCGCACGGACUGAGCGUGCUGCCGCAACACACGCUCAUCGUGAUCGAGGGGCUCUACUGUAACGUCGAUGCACCGCCGUGGCGCGCGGCGGCGCGCGCGUUCGACGAGCGCUGGGUGGUUCAGGUCGAGCGCGCCGUCGCAAAAAGGCGCCUAGUCGCGAGGCAUGUCCUCACGGGCGUCGCGAGGGACGAGCUGGAGGCUCUUUGGAGGGCCGAAAAUAACGACCUUCCAAACGGUGAUUGGCUCCUGGAGCACAUUGUUGAGCCGGCUCGACGGUUGCCGUCAUUAGAGGACGGAUCAUGGAGCGGGAAUGCAUGAUAGAUCGUCG